AUGCCUCGCUCGCCGCUGAUUGUUGCCUUGGCCGCUGGCCUGCUCAUCGUCCUGUCGACCAUCAACAUCUUCCACCGUAACGGGCAGUCCGGGUGGACCGGCUCAUGGACCUGGAUCUGGGGCCAGCAGUCUUUGCUCGAACGCGAUGUUAAUGCCACCGCUUCUCAGCAAUACCUCCUUGGUGUUGGCAAGGCAGACAUCACUGGCCCGGUCGUCGAGAUCAACUUUAUGGGCUACGCGAAUACGAGUCAAGUUGGCAAAGGACUAAGACAACGACUCUGUUCCCGCUCAUUCAUCAUCGGUGAUCUGGAGAACCAGGACGAGCGAUUCGUGUACAUGGUUUUGGAUACUCAGUCUGGCGACACCGCCAUCAGAGAUGGUAUACUUCGAGGUCUGGCCGAUCUAGGUGACGACUACGCGAUCGGUCCUGGUGCCUGGUUGAACUACCUGCUGCCGCAGAUUACGAGCAAAGGGUUUAACAGGCCGAGCUACCAGGCUAUCGUUGAUGGAGCUGUCCAAUCGAUCAAAAUCGCCCAUGAGAGUCUUGCACCUGGACGAUUGAGUGUUGGAACUACGGAGAUUGAGGAUGCCAAUGUCUCCAGAAGUCCAUAUGCGUACCUGCAGAAUCCGGCAGAUGAGCGAGCGAGAUAUGCGAAUGACGUCGAUAAGACUAUGACACUACUGAAGUUCACUCAUGUUGACGAUUCCGGAGAUGAGGAGGAAAUUGGCGUUCUCAACUGGUUCGCUGUCCACGGCACGUCCAUGCUCGGCAACAACUCCAUCGUCACGGGCGACAACAAAGGUGUAGCGGCCUAUCUCUUCGAAAAGUCGAUGGCUGAUGACACCUUCGUUGCCGGAUUCAGUCAAGCGAAUGUUGGCGACACUUCUCCCAACAUCUUGGGUGCUUACUGCGAAUAUGGGGACCACGAGGGUGAGAUGUGCGACUUCAGGCAUAGCUUGUGUGGUAACAUCAGCGAGCCUUGCCACGGAAGAGGGCCAUACUUUGGCCUGAACGGUGCCGGUACAGCUUCGACGUUUGAGAUCGGUAGCCGCCAGUAUCAAGGUGCUAAAGACCUGUUCAACGAUGCUUCUGCUUUCACACAAGUGACUGGUGGUGUCGUCAAAAGCCUCCAUCAGUCCGUCGACUUCAGCACUUUCCACUUCACCCUUUCCAACGGAACAGAGGUCAAGACAUGCCCAGCAGCGCUUGGGUACUCUUUCGCCGCCGGCACUACCGAUGGGCCGGGAGCAUUCGACUUCAAGCAAGGCGACUCAGACGAUCCUAAUGCCAGCCCAGUCUGGGGUGUUGUAGGUAAUCUGCUGCACAAUCCGAACAAGACGCAAGAAGAAUGCCAGGCUCCGAAGCCUAUACUAAUGGAUGUGGGCGAGACAAACACCCCAUACCCGUGGAGCCCGAACAUCGUCGACAUCCAGCUAUUCCGUGUCGGCCAGUUUUUCAUCGUCGUAUCGCCCGGCGAAGCUACCACAAUGUCCGGAAGACGUUGGCGAGAAGCUGUUCAAAGCACUGCUGCCGGCCUAUUUGACGAUCUCGAUGACACAGAUCCAGUCGUCGUGCUGGGCGCCCCAGCAAACUCGUAUACGCACUACAUCGCCACUCCAGAAGAAUAUGCUGUCCAGCGCUACGAAGGCGCCUCAACCCUCUACGGUCCCUGGACACUGGAUGCGUACAUCAACAAAUCCGUCUCUCUGAUGCCUUACCUCGAUCCUUCCACUUCAGCCAACUUGCCCACUCUCGACCCUGGCCCUUCGCCGCCUAUCCUGAUCAACCAAAGCCUCUCAUUCAUCACCGGUGUGGUAGUGGAUAACGCACCCAUCUUCAAGUCCUUCGGCGAGCAGACCUCGAAGCUCAAAUCGACGUACCAAGCUGGUGACAGCAUCUCCGUGGCAUUCGUUGGCGCGAAUCCGAGGAAUAACUUCCGUCUCGGUGGAACAUUUGCGGCUGUUGAGAAGUUCGAUGAAGCUUCGAGUACCUGGAAGCAGUUGAGAGAUGACAGCGACUGGAGUCUGCUGUACGAAUGGACUCGCACUUCCACCGUCGUGGGCACGAGCGAGGUCAAGAUUUCUUGGGAAACCAAGUGGGAGGAUGGUAGCUGGAGGCCAUCAUCCGCUUCCUCUCCUGCUUCCUCUUCUUUAGCUGCCGGUGGAAAGGAUGUGAAUGGAAAGAUGCCGCACAGCGAGCUCCUGGCUAAGAGGCAGGGUGACUUGACUGGACGGUAUCGGAUCAAGUACUAUGGAGAUGCGAAGGCGUUGAGUGGGAGGAUUACGGCUUUCGAGGGGGUUAGUGGGGAGUUUGAGAUUAUGUGA